AUGCCGGUGACAAACCAGUCCAAGAGGAGAGCAACUCGUGGAGCUGAGCAGCGAACUGAUAAUGCGCCCAGUUCUGCACUGAUUGAGGCCGAAGAAUCUGCUCAUAUUGCAGAAGAGAAUGCAAAAUUUUGGGUGGAAAUGGAGGCCACAAUGACUGCAUCCCUGGGCAGGCAGGAACAAUUGGCCUGCUGGUUGCAAAAAGAACUGAACCACAUGCCUAUGGAAUCAAACCCGUCAGAUACAUUGCUUAUAACUCUAGAUAAAACGCGUAAAGCAUUGUGGGAGGCCAAGUGGAGCAAUAGGUAA